UGCGUGUGUGUGGUUGUGUCUAUCAAUGGGUGCGUUUAUGUGAGUCAUUGACUGUGUCCUCUUUAAGAGAGCCUCUUUCCUCCCAAACCCCAACAGUCUCUUCAGGGACCGAGCUGGUGACAUAAGUUCUUCUCACUUUGUGCACAGAAACUGUCAGUUUCAGUUAUGGCCCGACUGGAUCAGAUCAUCACAAACAUGGUGGAUGUUUUUAUGGAGUAUGCUGAUGAUGGAGGCAAGAAGGGUCAGCUGAGCAAGGAGGAGCUCAAAAAGCUCUUUGAACAGGAGAUGGAGAGCCCUGAAUUAAAGGAUAAAAUUAAUGCAGUUGACAUUGAGGAAGCAAUGGAAAUGUUGGACAAAAACCAUGAUGGAGAAGUAAACUUCCGCGAGUUUUGUAGAUGUGUGUGCGUCCUCGCUAAAGGCUACUUCAAUAAGAAGACGGGAAAGGGAGGAAAGAGAGGCAAAGGCAAAAACAGGGAGGAAGCAGCUGAAGAAAGCUGAGGAAACCAAAAACUCCAACUUAAAAGAAAAUGAUGUGAAGAUUAUAUGUUUUCUUUAAAUGUUACACUACUGACUCUGCAACCUGCUGGAUAAAAAUAUAUCUUGUUGACUGGUUUCCAAGGAAAUGUGUAUACUAUUUGAAAACAAAUAAUAAAUAUGAGUUUGAAUGUGUCAAAUAAAGAAAGAAGGUGAUCAAACAUUCAAAA